AUGAUAACACAGGAAAGUGAAAAUACAAAAAAAAAUAGAGAUCUAGAUAAUAAAGACCCCAAUGACAAAACUAUUACCUCAAGUUCAUCCCAAAAAGCAGAUAAAAAUUUAAUACAGACAACAUACGUCAGAAACGAUCAAGAAAUACAGAAUGCAUUAAAUCAAUUGGAUGAAUUAUAUUUUUUCAUUAGGACUGCACCUGUUCGAUGGUCUUCGGAUCAGCUAAUGAGAAGAUAUUAUCUUACUGAGGAAUUGGGUUUCAUCACAUGUAUCCUUUGGAACAAUCUGUUUUAUAUCACAGGUACAGAUAUCGUCAAGUCAUGUAUCUAUCAAAUGGAACAGUUUGGUAGACAAAUAGUUCAAAGAAAAAAAUUUGAAGAAGGUAUAUUUUCAGAUUUAAGAAAUUUAAAAUGUGGUAAGGAUGCAAUCUUGGAACAACCAAAAUCAAAUUUUUUGAGUUUUUUAUUUAAAAAUGUUUGCUUAAAGACUCAAAAGAAACAAAAAAUAUUUUUUUGGUUCAAUGUGCCACAUUUACAAUUAUUUAUAGAUGCUUUGUGUAGAGAUCUUAAACGAGAAGAAUCCAAUCAGUUGGCCACAACUAAAGCUAUCUCUGAACCUGCACUAUCAUUUAAAUACAAUCCAAAUUCUAAUGUUCCUUUAAUGGAUCAGUUGAUAUCAUAUCUUAAUAACGGAAAAAUAAAUGGAUUUACCAAUAUGAUUACUGAUUUAGAGGAUGACAAUGGUAAUAAUAGUGAUAUUACUACUAAUGAUACCACUAAUAAUAAUUAUAAAAAAAAUAGAAGUAACACAAAUAGAUUUACAAAGAAAGAGAGACAGACAAUGUUAAAUUCCACCAAACCUAAUUUAUCUCUUCCUUUGAAUAAUUCUUCUAUUAAUAAUCACAUAAAUUCAGAAAAGACAUAUGCUGUAAUAGAUGAAAAAAUAAAUACCAACAAUAAUAACAAUAAUAAUAUUGUCACCCACACAUUAAUAUUACAUGAUAAUUCAAGAUUAGAAACAUAUAAUAAUGAUGAUGAUGUCCAAAAUUCUGUCUCUAAUAAUUUUAAUGAACAUUUUAUGAAAACCAACAAUAAUAAUAAUAAAUAUAAUAUCAUUCCAGAUAGAAAUACCAAAAAGAAUAAUAACAAGUUAUUAUCUCCGUUAAAUAUAAGUUUUAAUAAUAGUAUAGAUAAUUUAAAUGAUCAAGAUUUUCCCUUAGAUUAUUUACCUGUAAUUGAUGAUGUCCUAAUUAAUAAUAAACAAGGAACUGAUAAUCAAACUUCUAUGUCCUUAGAUAAGGAAAUACCGUAUCCAAACAUAAAUAAAGAUCAAACUAGUUAUGAUGAACGCAAUAAUAGUAAAAAUGAUGACAGCACUGCCAUAAAAGAAGAAGACGAAGAUAGUGAUGAUGAUGAAAAUGUGGUGGUUCCAGUAACAGUGGCAAAUUUUGAUAAAAAUAAUAGAUAUUCUAAACCAUACCGAUUACAUAAUUUACUAGAAAGCAUACACCAAGUGGCUAAUAAAGGAUAUUAUAUGAUAAAUAAAGUAAACUCAAUGUCAAGAGAUUCCAAAAACAGAAGUUCUAAUGAGAUAGAAGUCACUGUGUUUCCAUAUGACAUAGGGUCCAAUAAAAAUAUUUCUACGGAUAAUAUUGAUAUUAAUAACAGUAAUAAUGAAGCAUCGAUUAAUAAAAAUCCAUCAAGUAUAGAGAAUUGUAAAAGUGAAUAUCCUAUCAAUGAAUCGAUACCUUAUAAUCAGCAUGGAGAUUUCUCCUCACACCAAACAGUACCCAAAACUAAUUUAAAGAUCAACGAUUCUUUGUUAUCAAUACAAGAAAACUUAUCAAAUCUGCGUGAUGAAUAUACACUUUGGGGAAACUCUGUAUUACCAUUUCAAUCAUAUAAUACAUCUAUAAAUCAGCAUCUGAUAUUUAGACAAGCACCAUCAUAUCAAGAAAUUUACAACAAUUCAAUUACACCAGUCACCAAGUUCAAUCCAUAUAUAGGACAAUCACCAUGGGGAUCGAGCUAUCUUUCAAAUUCAGUCUUUGGGAUAAAUUCACCACCCGGGCUUAAUCAUACUGUAUCACAACCAUAUCAAACACAAUCAACAAUCUCAUUAUCGGGAUCUUCAUCAUCUAUGGAUAAAAACAAAAUUAGUGGUAAAAUUAAUAUACAACCGUAUAUUAUGAAGUCUAUGGAAUCACCUACUCACCAAAUCAAAAGACAGAAAAAAUAA